AAAAUUCGUUGUCCAAUACGAUAAACAAAUAAAACCAUAACUAUUACUUACGCUCUCUCUCGCUUGUAAAGAUGACGUAAUAUAUAUUUCCCCCAACCAAGUUGUGCAAGAGAGUGAAGGGACGUGACGUCAUGCGGGACAUUAGCAUAUUGCGGAGUAUAAUAGACUUUGAUUGACCAGCCCGCCUUCACUUGUGCUCUGCGCCAUCUGGAUCGACACUCAUUUGUAUCCAAUACACCUCCGAUCCUCUGCAAACAUGUCUGACAAGCCAGAUCUUGCGGAAGUCUCCAACUUUGACAAGACCAAGUUGAAGAAGACCGAAACGCAGGAGAAAAACCCCUUGCCCACCAAAGAAACCAUUGAACAGGAGAAGCAAGCAACAGCAUGAAGCCCAAGCCUCCACUAUGCACUGUACAUUCCACGAGCAUUGCCUUUUUUUUUCUCACUUCUUUUAGCUGUAUAACUGUGUAACCAAAACCUAAGUUGCAUUGUAAUUGGACAAAAGCAGAAGCCUGUACAGCCUCCUACAACCCCUCCCUUUUACAUAAAGUCUGACAGGAAACAACUACUGACUGGCAGUCUGACUAGGAGGAUGUGUCGCUCGUCUCAUCCUGACUCACUCCAGUGCUCUGUCACCUGUCCCUGCCGUGUCCCUGCAUCCCGCCACUUGUGGUUGUGAAGGGAAGAGCAAGGGUGUGAUGGAUCAGUCCAACCAGGGACACACACUGCUGACAUCCUGUGUAGUUCAGCUUCUGGCCACCUGUGAAAUGCUUUCAAAUCAAGCAGUGUUUUGUUUUUGUGUUACUUGUUAAAUUGUUUUGGAUAAGUUCAAUUCUUGGAAUGCACAAGUUUGUUUUGAUAUGCAAUUAAAAAAAAUCUAACUGUU